AUGAGUUUCGACGAGCUGUGGCGGGGCAUAACCGUGUGCUGGUUGCGUGUAAGUGCUCUGGACGACUUGAAGAAAGACUGGGAGGGAAUGGCCAACCUGCUAAUACAUUCACUCGCUCUAGUCGUAGAGACAAACCUCAGGCCUGCGAGUCAAACUCUUGAGUUAGAAUGGGCACCGCUGGCCGAGACUGAAGAGGCCUUGAUGAGCAUCGACUGCGUCACCGAGGCAGCACUAUGCAACGAGCAUGAAAUCGUCUCCUAUCCUGCCUUGAGGUUCUUCGAUGGUCAUGCCAACAUGUCACCCUAUCGCGGGCCUCGGAGAGCAUCAGCUAUCACCUCGUUUCUGAAAAGAGCCGCGCGUCCGACGGUGACCGCGCUGAGCGAGAAGAAGAUCGCUAGGUUUCCUUCGACCGACGACAUCGUUUUCGUCGCACAUUUGAACCCGCAGGACGAGCAUGUCACCAAGGCUUACAAAACCAUCGCCUCGCAAUACCGAGACCGGUCAUCCUUCGGUUCAAUAGAAACAGAGGGUCGAACCACGAUUGAAUGCUAUAACAACAAAGAUGAGCUGAAGACGACCAUCUCCGAUUUCACUGCGAUUGAUGCACUGCCCAAGUUUGUUGAAAGCUGCAUGGCACCGCUAAUUGGCGAAUUUACGAGGGCGAACGAGAUGAAGUAUCUGCAGUCCGGAAAGUCUUUAGUCUACUACUUUGCGACUGCAUCCAAGGAGCGCGAGGCCUUCGUUGAUAGCAUGAGAACCGUAGCGAAGACGUACAAGGAGUAUCUCAGCUUCGUCACGGUCGACGCCAACGAGUACGCUGACAUGACAGCGCCGCUGGGCCUCGCAUCCGGUGCGUUUCCGGGACUCUCGGUGCAGAACCCUAUGCUCGGACAGGUCUUCCCUUAUCCUCCCCACGCGAAGAUCACAUCCGAGAGUGUGGGUGCGUUUGUGAUGGACAUUGUUCAGGGCAAGGUCAAGCCGUGGGAUGGGCAAAGCGCAGCUGGGAGUGGUGGUCCACACGAUGAGCUGUGA